CUUUGGACAUGCACGCCGCCGGCCCCAACCCCCAACACCCCGCCGCUUCGCUGUCCCUUCUCCGCCUCCAGCAUCCCCGCUACCCCGCCCGCCUCCACCUGCUCUGCCUCUUGCAUCUCCGCAGCCGCCUCCCUGUCCCCGCGCCCCUGGUCGCCGCUCCAUCACCCAUCCCCUCUGGCUUCCAGAGUCGGGAAGGACUGGGUGAGGUCGCAAGGGAGAGAGAGGCCUCGUGAUGUGUUUUCCUCCUCCUAGGCCUCCUCCACUGCCGCAAGAUCCAUCCCGAGUUUGUUUUGGCGUCUGAUCAACCAUGGUGACUAUAUGAGUAUAUGGCUGCAUCUGAGCACCCGUUCUUCAAGUGCUACCACUCAAUUGAUUGAAUCUCCAAAGAGGUUGUCUGAAAAAUCCAAGUAAGUAAUGUAAGUGCAAGUAAAAUUGGUGGGAGGCUACGGCUCAAUCGAUUGCGUCUCAAAUGCAUCAACGCAGCUUACGGUGAUUUUUGAAACCUGUCAUGUAUGCAUGCCUUAAAAAUAACUAAAAAUUUAAUUGCACCAAAUGAAUGGGAAUGUUAAAUUUGUUUGUUUCAGUACCUAUAUUCUAAAGAGCCCCACCCAUGUUGUUUCCCUUGAGAUUUAGACUUCUAGAGAAACCAAUUUGCUGACAGAUACUGGGACAUCGCUCACUUGCACAUUGCUGUUACUGAAGUCCACAUACAUGAGCUUCCUCAAUCCUUGGAGACCUGAGGAAUCGUUUGCUUCAGAAUAAGAUGGUUUAUAAUGAAAAAAGCUCCCAAGUAAAAUUAAAGUUUCACCCAUGCAACAGUACGAGUUACAUACCCUAAAAAAUUUGAAACCAAGCGUGUUGUCCAGAAAAGUUCAGUAGCUGAAGCUCCCAAAAUAGGCUCGCGGGGAUCCAUGUCAUCUUCCGUUCGAUUACACAGGGUUUGAUCUUCUUCCUUUCUCCUUUAAUUCUUUGUCUGCUCUUUGAUGUUCUACUUGCGGAUUGGAGCUGCUGUCAGAACAGCGGUAUAUGUGUUCUAUUCCGUUUAAGUAUAAGGUUGUGCGGCCUUUUUUGCUCCAUAUUUCCUGAACUCAUAGUUCAUUUCCCUGUUAUGUGUAGAUCUGCAGGCAGCAUGCAAGAUCAUUUGGUUCGUCAGUUUAGUUAGAACUCCCAUUGUUGAUUUCUCUUCCUAAUGUAAGCCUUGGUGUUGCAUUCAUCAGGUGUGUUGCUAUUUCGUAUACAGUUCUGAAUGAUUAGUGCCAAGAAGUGAGCUCCAAACUAGGGCACAUGUCUUUCAAGUACAAUAAAAAGAUUACAGUUAACUUGUUGAGUAAUAAUAUAUGAUUGCUGGUGCCUCCUGAUUUGUGUGAUAAACAAAUGGUGUACAUUUUGUGUGUAAAUCCGAGAUUCCUCGAAAGGUUGGGAAGUGAACUUAUUGAACUUGUUAGCCCUGUUUAAUUCGGUAGCAUGUCAAACUUGAUGUUCGUUUCGGCCCAUAGCCUUUUCCCUGAAAAAGUUUGAAAGUGUGAAUUAUCUCUCUAUCAAGUAUUAGCUUUUUUGUUCUUUGAACAAGCCCCAUUCACGCUGACUAUAUGGGAACAGUAAAACAAGCUAACAUGGACCAUCAUGAUGAUUUCUUGGUAUGUUGAUCAUCAUUGAUUUUAAGAGUUGAAUGGGAGUGAGCGAGCUUCUAUUCACUUGUUGCCGUCUACGUAUGUACACUUUGUGACAUCGGUGAGUAAUGUACAUAUGAUUUCUCUUACCAUCAAAGACAUCAUAUGAAUGAUAUAGGAACCCAUGGAUCCAGUUGAAUCACACAUGUAAAGAAGGACGAGCUAGCUAUAUAGUUAGAUGCAUAGAGUGAGGCAUUUCAUUCCGUGAUAACAUGUAUGAAUCAUGCAUAGAGCUAACGAUUAGUCCUGCAUUACUCCAACAAGACUUGAUCUAUUACUACAAAUAUGCUAUUAAUGUUCUUCCAUUUUCAGUUUCCCAUCCAGUAAGCAAUGAGCAAGAAGUCGAGCUCAAUUGUAGUGAGAUGGAGUAAGGGAAGGCGGUUUGGGGGCGGAGUGAUGCUGGCGGUGGCUGCAGUUCCUACGGUGUCCAGGGCACGACUCUUUUUGCACGCCGAAUGCUGCCAAUUAGUUUCAGCUUCGCUGCACCACACCAUCAUGUGACACAUAUUAUGACACGCGCACCUUGGCGGGCUGCGACACCAACAAGGACACACUACGGCAACCCUGUACGGGGGUGUCCGCCCCCUUGGGGAUAGGUCACCUUCUUCCACAAGCCAUGGUCGACAAAGUCUGCAUCAAGACUCUUGAUUCAUCCUUCCCCCCUCUCUCCCAGCAUGAUUAAAAAUUGAUAUCUGCUGUUUUUUGUUGCUCGGUUUGCAUGUUUUUUUUGCCUUCUGAGGGAGACUAUUCAGGCAUACGAUGGUUAGAGAAACGGAUCCGCUAAAAAUCAGUCGACUGAGACUUGGCGAAGUCUCAGUCGACUGCUCAGCCGUCCGAUGCUGAGCGUGUAGAUUUGCGCUGAGGCUGGUUUGUCCCUUGUUUCGGCCUGUGUAAGGCGUGGACCGGCCCAUUUUCCUUUUCUUCUUUGUGGAACCGCGAUCCCGCGCGAGCGUUUUGCUUUUGUAGUGGGCUGGGCUGUUUUUCCGUGCGGCUUUUUUUUUGCUGUUUUGUUUUUUGAGAAGUGGAAGCGGCCGCCCCCAUGGUGAUUAAGAAGAGGUGAACGGGCAGUCACAGCUCAAUCCACAUCGUCUCUCUCCAUUCCCCAAUAUCAAAUCAGAAGACGAACCAGAGGACGAGAGAGGGGAAUGGCCGGCGCUGCUGAUGCAGGGGUUUGUGGAGUUUGUUUCAACCAUUGCAAGUAUGAGAGCAAGGGAAGCGGUUUCAGCAUGGUUGCAUGGGAGGAGUUCAAGAAUGCAGGGGUUGUGCCUUGCAAUGAAAGGGCCCAUUUCAACAAUGUGACAGGAGAGAAGGUGACGUUUGUGUCAAACCAACGGGCAUACACUGUAAAGUGUUACAAGGGUCGCAUAAAGAGCACUAUGUAUGGGAGAGGUUGGAGGAAGUUCUAUGAAGACAACAAUCUGGGCAAGGGUCAGAUGGUGGUGUUCCACCUGGAUGAACCUUCACCUACGGCAUCUAUUUUGUGGUUCCAGGUGGGCAACGGCUCUGAAGAUGAACAGCCUAUGGAAGAGGGUGAUCCCAUUGAAGAUUCAGAUUCAGGUAAUGAGGAUGGAGAAGCUUCAAGCGAUGAUGGUGAAGGCAUUGUUCGCACUAGGGGGCUUUUGCUUAAUGAGACAGAGGAUGCUCAGCUACAAGGGCUGCUGCCUCUCAGUGAUGGUUUCAUCGGGUUUGCUUUUGUUCACCGCCUGACAAGGACUGACAUUCGCUUGGGCAUGAUGAAAAUACCCAAGAAAGUUGCUGCUGCCAUGCCGUUUGAAGAACAGGGGGUUGUUGGUAUUUCUGUGGAUGGUCGGAGAUUCAAAAAAAUCUCAUACAAAACUACUGAUGAUGGCCGCAUUGUGUUUGACAGCAAGAAGUGGAAAAACUUCGCAGCUAGCAGAGGACUCAAAGUCAACACAGCUGUUCUUAUUGGCUUCAAGAGCAGCGAGAGGGAUGAUGUCCAUGUCCUGGUUAUCUUGAAGAAGCUUGUCUAGGCACCAGGCACAGCAACUGAUGACAAGCAGAGCUGCGUCUAUAAUACUCAUCUGUUGGGUAUUCUAUAUAUUUCUGUGUAGAAGUCUGUAUGAUGAACCUUUUUUCAUUUUUAUGCCAUGUUGAACCUGUCAGUGUAGUUUUGCGUUUCUUAUGUGUCCACCAAACAAUGUGGCUUGAAUAAUAUAUGAUGGGAACCCCUUUUUCUACAUUAUAUUCAAGUGUUCACCUAAGUUUUUU